CCCGUUGCCAUGGCUACGUAAGCGGCGCGGCCUACCUCGCGGUGGAGUCUUGGUGUAUUUAUCCGUCGAACCGAGCCAUCCGACGGGGUUGGAGGAAGCCAUUAUGUCUUUCCGCGACCUCCGGAAUUUUACUGAGAUGAUGAGGGCUCUUGGCUAUCCCCGGCUUAUCUCGAUGGAGAAUUUUCGCACUCCAAAUUUCAUGUUGGUUUCAGAGAUACUCCUUUGGCUGGUGAAAAGAUAUGAACCUCAGACUGAUAUCCCUUCUGAUGUUGAAACAGAGCAGGACCGGGUUUUUUUCAUUAAGGCUGUUGCUCAGUUUAUGGCAACCAAAGCUCACAUAAAACUCAACACCAAGAAGCUUUACCAAGCAGAUGGCUAUGCUGUGAAGGAGCUGCUGAAGAUCACCGCUGUGCUUUACAACGCCAUGAAGAGCAAAGGAAUGGAAACCACAGCUGUGGGUGAAGAAGACACCAGCAAAUUCAAAUUUGAUCUGGGUUCCAAAAUCAGUGAUUUGAAGACAGCCAGGCAACUUGCUUCAGAAAUCACGUCGAAAGGAGCUUCUCUGUAUGACUUAUUGGGCAAAGAAGUGAUGCUAAGGGAACUGAGGACAGAAGCAAUUGCAAGACCUCUGGAGAUAAACGAAACCGAAAAAGUGAUGCGCGUUGCCAUCAAAGAUAUUUUGGAGCAAGUCCAGAAAAUGAAAGACAUGCUGAACAAUGUGGCUGCUGAUGAAGCCAGUUUGGAAGCCAAGAUUGAAAAGAGGAAGUCUGAGCUGGAGAGAAACCACAAGCGCCUGCAAACUUUGCAGAGUGUUCGCCCAGCCUUUAUGGAUGAAUACGAGAAAAUUGAGGAGGAGUUGCAGAAACAAUACAGCUGUUACGUGGAGAAGUUUCGUAACUUGAUGUACCUGGAGCAACAACUGGAUGACCAACACCGCAUGGAGCAAGAGAGAUUUGAGGAAGCAGAAAAUACUUUGCGUCUGAUGCAGAAUAAGCUGAAGGAGGAAGAGAAACGUUUGCUGAAGAGUGGAAGUCAUGAUGACUCAGACAUUGAGAUCCACGAGGACGAUGGAUCGGACAGCGAAAUGGAAGACCGGCAGCUGAUCAAGCAACACACGGCCAUGGAAAUGCUCAUGCAAGGGCGGCCAAGCAAGCGGAUUGUUGGAACCAUGCAAGGGGGAGACACGGAGGAUGAUAUCGGGGCAGCCCAAGCCCGAACCAAAAAGCGCAAGGCUUCUCGAGCCAAGGCAAAGGAGGACUCAGAGGACAGUGAAAUUGAUCUGGAUGAUGACGACGAUGACGAUGAUGAUGAUUUGGAAGAUGACAGCAUGGACAUCUCCCCCACCAAGGCCAAUCGGAGAGUCAGGAAGCCUGAGCCUCUGGAGGAGAGCGAUAAUGAUUUCUGAGGAACCCCAACAGGGAUGUCAGAUGACAGCUUGCCCAUGACUCUUGCUACACAUACUACAAGGCCAUAUUAAGGCAGUGUAAGCAGUCCUAGAAUGGUGAUAUAUUUUAGGCCUCAAAGCUGUUAUCGCUUCAUGAAUUUUAAAGGCCUCAAAAAGGAGUCAUAAUUGAGGAAACAAAAUGAUAACGCUGGAAGCCAUGGAAGUUCUACCAUGCUGAAGGUCAAAGAACCCCCAACCCCACACCUCCAAGUUUACAAUCUAGUAACAAAAUCUUGGCCGGUACUUGGAUGUGGGUCCCAAUUAUUUCAAAGAGCAAUUUAGGAUGAAUUAACAGCCUGGCCUUGGGUCUACUUUACAGACUGUGGUUGAGCCUUGAACAAACCCACUUUUUGUUUUUUGAAUUGUUUUUUGUCAUAGAUCAAGGCAAAAUUGUCAGUUGAACAAAAGUGGGGGGAAAUCCCACAAGGGGAGGUUGAUUGGUUUGGAGCUUUUUCAGUUCAUUUGUCCUUGACCCUAUCAUCCAGCGCGAGUUGGUCCAUUUGGGGGGAAACUCGCAUCUGGGGAAAAAAAUUCUAGGAAAAAUAGAGCUUAUUUUAACUUAAUUAAGUACAUAGAGACUUCUGUCCACAAAUCCAUGCUGGCGUAAAGCAUAUUUUAUCAAUGUGAUUCUCCUAACCAAGUUUUCAUUAUUUAGAGGACAAGCAUUGUGGUUUUGGCAUGGCCACCUUCCUCUCACUACAAAUCUAAUACAAUUCCUGGGACUUCUGUAGAAGCAGCUCUUUUCAGAUUCAUGGAAGUAUUUGAUAGACUGUUUUGCUCAAGCCAACAAGUAUUCUGUUGACCUUGUUCUGUACUGAAGGUUCCUUGGUUCACCAUUGUAGGCCAAUGACUCUUUUAUUACCUUCUGAAUUUCUUUGACUGUAACAUUCCUGCAUUUUGCAAAUAAAUGCCCUUCUCCCUUAUGUUUGCUCUUGUACCUUUCUCCCCAAUUAUAGAAAUACAAGAGUGAUUAUUCCAGAAUCAAUAUACUGGCCUCUUUCAAAUCAGCUUUGGUAAUGCUGCUUCAUCCAAGCACCCUUCUUGCAGGAGCAAAAAUCAGGAAUGCUCAUGAUUG